UAUAGAGAGGCGUAAUAACGGUGGUAGGCGCCAUGUUUGCGGCUCCUUUCGUCGCCGAAAAUCGUCACGAGCCGUUUUAAACAACUCGAUCUCGAGCGGCCGCGAAGCGUCCUGGGCCCGCUGGAGCUCGGUCCGCGUGCCGGCGCCUGUUUCAGCCCCUUUCCCAGCACUGACCAGAACCCUAAUCCCGCCUGGAGCGGGUCCAGCCCGCAGGGACACGUCCCGGCGCUCGCGGCGCAUCCAGCUGCAAGCUGAUUGGCUGUUCGCGCAGAAGGGCGGGAUUUUCUCCAUAAACAGACGCCAUGUUUGUGCGUUGCCGUCCUUCCCAUUCAUAUCGCGGCCGGAGACCGUCUCCCCCUCACCGCUCACACCGUCGCCGCCUCCUCUGUCUCCGCCGCCGCCGCCGCCGCCUCUGCUCGGGCAGGGCUGGAGGACCAGCUGCUGAAGGUACGCGUCUGUCCGAGGCUCUAGCCCUCGCUGUUCUUCAUCCACUCCGAGACAAACCGCUGGAGACGCGUCUGAGUUCUGGGCAGAAGAUCCGGUGGCUUUAUUUUAGACCACAGAAGCAGAGCUGAGUCAUGUGAGCUGCCGGGCCAGGAGAUUGGGCUGAUGAUCCCUCCCCAGUGGGGUCUGACCGACACGGCCAGCUUGUUUGAUUUACCCCGUGUUUACGGCACUGGGGGAACUGUAAGAAAUAAAGUUUUCAAGCCUUCUCCUGCACUUCCCUACCCGUCUUUAAUGUGAUUCGGUAAACAUGUCGGAACAUUCUACCAAGGGGAUUAUUAAGCUGCUGAAACAGGUUAAAUAUAAGAAAAAACCAUCCAGAAGACGUUUUAGUGCUCAGCAAACAUCAGCUGGAGACCCCCAUGUGAACACGUCUGAUAUACAGACACAGGAACACAUCGAGGAGAGAACACACUACUGCUUGGAGUGUGGGAAGAGUUUUACUCAUGAGAGUCAUCUCCUAUCACACCAGUGCAUUCACACAGAAGAGAAGCCAUAUCCAUGCUCAGAGUGUGGAAAGACGUUUACCAAACAGAGUGAUCUCGUAUCACACCAGUGCAUUCGCGUAGUAGUUAAGCGCUAUCCAUGCUCAGAGUGUGGGAAGAGUUUUAAUCAUCCAAGUCAGCUCAAAAUACAUCAGCGCAUUCAUACAGGAGAGAAGCCGUAUCACUGCUUGGAGUGUGGGAAGAGUUUUACUCAUCAGAGCCAUCUCCAACAACACCAGCUCAUUCACACAGGAGAGAAGCCGUAUCACUGCUCAGAGUGUGGCAAGAGUUUUAAUCAUCUGAGUAACCUCAAACAACACCAGCUCAUUCACACAGGACUGAAACCGUAUCACUGCUCGGAGUGUGGGAAGAAUUUUACUGUACAGAGUAACCUCCAACGACACCAGCUCAUUCACACAGGAGAGAAGCUGUAUCACUGCUCAGACUGUGGGAAGAGUUUUACUGCGCAGAGUAAUUUCCAACGACACCUGCUCAUUCAUACAGGAGAGAAACCGUAUCACUGCUUGGAGUGUGGGAAGAGUUUUAAUCAUCAGGGUAAUCUCCAAGAGCAUCAGCGCAUUCACACGGGAGAGAAGCCGUUUCACUGCGCAGACUGUGGGAAGAGUUUCAGGCAUUCAAAAACUGUGAAGACACACAAGUGCACUAAGACCGGUGAUGGAAACGGGCCGUAACGAGUGUACUCUUAAAGCAUUCUUGGAGUAAAAGUCUCCAGGGAACAGUGCUUCUCAAAGAAAACCCUUUUUUUCUUUUGUUUUGAAAACAAGAUCAUGAAAUGAAAAGCCAAGCCUACAGCUCAAACACCCACUGAGAAGGUGAAGUACUUCAGAUUUGCCCAGAAUUUGUUUCAUAUGAAAUACAUGUGGGGAAAACUUAAAAAUUAAGGAGUUUCUUUACUUUCUAAUUUUAGUAUAACUAACCUAGUAUAGUGUUUCUGAUGCAGUGAUGGAAGGUUUGACAAACAUGUGUGAGCCACUUUGUCUUCCCCUUUGAUCUUUACAUGUUUUUUGGUGUGCUACAUAUCCAGAGUGCUGUUGGGACUGAAAUAAAGGAGAUAUGACCCUGGAGAAUGCAACAGUGCAGUUUUUCUGUGUUGCAUACAGCCAAGCUGCUUUUAAAGAAGACAAAGGAAUAAGAGUGACUGCAAGACAUCCAAGGAGAGCACUGGUGACCUCUCCUGGUGACCUCCCAUGCAUUCCUGUUCAAAGCAGCAUAAAGUUGCAUACAACUCAUUCAUUAACUUUCCAUUACUGUUUUCAGACACUUUAAAGAAUUUCUUUGUGAUGCUUGGAGAGUGGAUGUUCCCUGAGAAAGGUGCUGUGACAUGAGAUAAGGACCUUUCAUACCCAUCUCCAGAGGAGUCUGAACUGGGUAUCUCCAUCAUUGUAGAUCUGUGUGAAAGGUGACCAGUUGGGCAAGUCCAAGGUUUUGAGUCUCCCUGAGAAUGACUCUUGCUGAUGUCAUUAUGACGUGCAUGAGAAACACAAUCUUUGUUGACUGAAUUUCAAACCAAUGACACAGUUUUGUUCUUGAACCAAUCAAAGCCUGCAUUAUAAUAGCUUUGAUUUGUAAUGAUGAAUCAGGAUGUGUAUGCAACUCUGUGUUUGGAUUUUUUCAUUUUCACAUAUGCAUAAAGGUAUGACUACUGUGACAGUCUAUGCUAGAUGAGGAAGAGGCCUGCAGGUGCUUUUAACUCUACUGUACUAUUUCCUUUUCUAUCGCCUUCUAUCUAUCCAUCUACGUUAUAUGGAGAGAAGUUUUGGGACACCUACAGGAACUUUUAUCCAUCCCAGUCUAAAUUGUAUAUAGGCAUUAAUAUGGAGCUGGUCCCCCUUUGCAGCUCUAACAGCUUCCACUCUUCUGGGAAGUUUUUCUGCAAGAUUUUGGAGAGUAUCUGUGGGAAUUUCAGCCCAUUCAUCCAGAAGAGCGUUUGUGAGGUCAGGCACUGAUGUUGGACGAGAGGUUCUGGCUCUCAAUCUCCGUUCAAAGGUGUUGGAUGAGUUUGAGGUCUGGGCACUGUGAGGGCCAGUAAAGUUCUUCCACACCAUGCUCACCCAGUCAGGCCUUUAUGGACCUUGCUUUGUGCACUGGGGCUCAGACAUGCUGGAUCUUCCCCAAACUGUUCCCAUAAAGUUGGAAGCAUAUAAUUGUCCAAAAUGUCUUGGUAUGCUUCAUUUGAACUAAGGGGCCAACCCCUUAAAAACAACCCCGUAGCACUAGUUAGACAAGUGAAGUUCUCCUGUAAAGUAAACCCCGUA